GUACUUAAAAGUGCAUUCUCAUUAAGGCUUUAUAUCAUCGUAUUGCACUAAAGUAUCGUUAAAUUCCCUAACUAAAGCAUGUUUUAUAAUAACAAGUCUAAUAAUAUAAUAUAUCUUUAAUUUAUGGUAAAUGCUUGUUUUGAAUGCAGGUAUAUCUCACAAUUCAAAGGAUUGAUUGCUGUGAUUAACAAUUGAAAGUGAAGAGACAAAAAGAGGACUAGGCUAAGAGAAGAGAUGCUGGUUCAAUUCCAAACUGGAACACUAUUCGGUUAUUUGAUCAUAACUGGAGUUGUAGAACUCGGAUUUGGGUCCACUUUAUAUGGAUGGAAAGAUAAGACAUAGACCUAAAACUUUCAUGAAGGGUCCAAAACUCAAUUCUGCCGUUUCCAAGUUCAAAUAUUAGCAACAACGGAGAAGUCGGAACCUGUCCUGCAGCUCAAACACUGUUCGGUUUUCAGCUCAUAUCUUGAGUUCUAGAAGUCCAAAUGAGCUCUGGUUUUUUUUGCUGGAAAGCUGAGACAAUUGCCCACAGCUUUCAUGGAACAAAGGGCUCAAAUUCUGAUGUUAGCAAUGACGUUUUGGCCAGCCAACAAUAUCAAAAAUCUGCCAACAAUUUCAAGAACCAGCAGCCAAUAAUGUCAAAAACCAGCCACCAAAUCAAUGGUUGGCCACCAACUAUUUCCUUAGUCCACCAAGCAAUAGUUCCACAUCUUAGCCUAUAAAAGGAGACAUUUGCCAUGUAUUUAGUCAUCUUGAUUUUCAGAUCAAGAUCAUGUUCUUGCUUUCUCUCUUUAUAUCUUUGUAAUGUUCAAGUUUUCUUUCAUGUUAUAUUAAUCUCUUGUUUAUGCCUUUUCAUUUCCUUUCCUAUAAUUAGUUAACUUAUAUCAUGUUUAUGUUCUUAUGUUGUUUAUUUAUGUUUUUCUUCUUCAUUAUGUUUAGCUAAGUUAAUUAUGUCAAGGUGAAAAGGUUUUACUAAUGGUGUUAGAAUAUGUAUAAUAUAAACUCAACACGGACUUUAAUGUUUAUAUUCAAGAAAAAUUGUUAUUAGCAUGUCUUAUCUUUUUAUCUUAAUAAUCCUUAAUACCUUGCUUGUUAAAUGGUUAAUCUAGAUUUGUGUUGUAUAACACUUGGUACAUCAAAUGCUUGAUCCUUCAUAGUUUUCGGCCGACAUCGUUGUUAUGAUAGGAACUUGAUUUGUUGUUAACAUAAGCUAGCAACAUGAAUGCCUGAUGAUAUUUAUAAGUAUGGUGUUACUUAGACAAGAUAAUUAAUAUGAUCAUGUUAAUACUUUAUAAUGAGCCAUUAAUGAUAAAUCAUCCGAUUAGAACCUCCUUUGUGUGUGGUUUCUAGUUGAGUAAUAAAAAGAGUUUAUAUUAUAUUUAUUUGAAAUACCAUUAGUGAAUUCUCUAACCUUGACAUUUGUUUUUAUCAUUGUUUAAUCCUUACAUUAAUCUCCCAUCUCAAAGUUCUCAUUAAUUUCUUCCUCUUCUUCUUUUUAUUAUUAUUAUUACUACUACUACUACUACUAUUAUUAUUAUUAUUAUUAUUUACAUUCUUGUUAUAUGUUAUGUACGUUAAGUAUGCUCUGUGUUUGAUCAAGGAUCCUGACAUUGUUGGUCUUGCCUUAUUCAUUCGCAUCAGAAAUCUGUUUAUAUUAUAUAAUAUAUCUCUUUGAUCUUUUCAUAAAAUCAGUAUAUAGGCUGGAAACCUGUGACCCGAUCUUUUAGAUCAUUCUCAGGUAUAACAACGCCACGUACUGAGUAUUAUUAUUAUUAUUAUUAUUAUUACUAUUAUUAUUAUUAUUGUUAUUAUUGUUGUUGUUGUUGUUGUUGCAUUGUUAUUUAUAAUUUAUACAAUUAACCUCUCUGUGGUUCGACCCCGGUCUUGCCGGGUUAUUUAUUACUUCGACACUCCUGCACUUGGGAGAAGACAUCAAUCUUUUGGUCGUGUCAAGUUUUUGGCGCCGUUGCCGGGGAGGUAAGUAUUGUAUCAAUUUUAUAUUUCUUUUAUUUUCUUUUGUCUUUACUUUUAUUUGUUUUUCUAAUUUUGUUCUUUUUCUUUUUCUUUUUCUUUUCUUUUCUUUUGCACUUGCAUGAGAGUUUGGACACGUACAUUAAGUGGUAGACUUUCUAGGAAAUCCUCAUUUUCUUUACAAAACAUGGCCGAAGAAGAUAACCAGUCAAUUCAUAAUGAGAAUAAUGAGAAUAAUCAUGUGAGAACACUUAGAGAUCACAUGAAUCCAACAAGAACAAGUGCACCAUCAUGUAUAGUUUUUCCUCCUGAUGCUUCUCAUUUUAAUUUUAAGCCAGAACAAACUCUUUCAAAAGACAAAUCACCACUUUCACUCAAAAACCAGGAGAAACAUUUUACAAGUGUUGGGAUAGAUAUAAAGACUUGCUUAAUACCUGUCCUCAUCAUGGUUUUGAAACAUGGAGAUUGGUCUCACAAUUUUAUGAAGGGUUAACACCUAAAGAUAGACAAAUGGUGGAAUUGAUGUGCAAUGGAACUUUUGAAGAUAAAGACCCUGAUGAAGCAAUGGAGUACCUAGACUUGCUAGCUGAAAAUGCUCAAAAUUGGGACACCACAGGUACGUGUGAGGCACCAGGUAAAACUCAACCUCAUACAUCUAAUGGAGGCAUGUACAACCUUAGGGAAGAUCAUGACCUCCAAGCCAAAUUUGCAUCUUUAGCUAGAAAAGUUGAGGCACUAGAAUUAAAAAAGAGUGGUCAAAUAAAAUCUGUUCAAGAAAUUGUGUGUCAAAUUUGUGAAACUAAUGAACACUCAACCAAUGAUUGUCCAACUUUGCCUUCUUUUAAGGAAUGUUUCCAUGAACAUGCCAAUGCUUUAAACAAUUUUCAAUGGCAAAAUCAUGAUCCAUACUCACAAACGUACAACCCUGGUUGGAGAGAACACCCAAAUUUCAAUUGGAAGAGUGGUAACAAUAAUGCACAAACUUCACAACCACCAUUUCAAGCACAUCAUAAUUUUCAAAGUUCUCAUGGGUAUGCAUCUCCUUGUGUUCCCCCUCCUGGAAGAAAUCUUGAGGACACUUUAUAUGCAUUCAUUGAAAAGCAAGAGACAAUCAACACUCAACUUGCUCAAAGCAUGACAGAUUUUAAAGAUACUCUUGCAAAAUUCACAUCUGCUUUCAAUUUUCAUGAGAAAGGUAAGUUCUCAUCUCAACCACAGCAAAAUCCCAAAGGGCAAUACAAUUCAAAUGCAAGUAGUUCUGGAAGCCAACACAUGGAUCAAGUCAAAUCAGUCAUUACUCUCCACGGUGGUAAGGUUAUUGAAAAACCAAUUCUUGAACCUUGUGAGAAAGAUGAUGAGUCAAUCUCUGAGGGUAAGGAAGGGGUUAAACCUGAAUAUUUCAAAGAAAAGACUGAUUCCCCACCAGUACUUCCAUUUCCUCACGCCAUGACCAAGCAAAGAGAAGUCAAUCACGAUUCUGAAAUUUUUGAAACUUUCAAACAAGAAGAAAUCGAGGAUGAAAAAGGCACCAAAAAUGUUGUCGCGGAUCAUUUGUCAAAAUUGACAAUAGAUUCGACAUCUGACAUCACACUAAUUGAGAAAUACUUUCCUGGUCAAUCCUUACUUUCUCGUAGUCCGAUGCCUUGGUUUGCUAAUAUAGUUAAUUUUCUUGUUUCAGGACAUUUGCCAGCUCAUUGGAGUACCCAAGACAAAAGAAAGUUCUUGAACGAAGUGAAGAACUUUUAUUGGGAUGACCCUUACUUGUUCAAAUAUUGUCCUGAUCAAAUAUUUCGAAGAUGCAUUCCCGACAAUGAGGUAAGUAGUGUCAUUAAAUUUUGUCAUUCUGAGGCAUGUAGGGGUCAUUUCUCAUCAAAGAAGACAGCUGCAAAAAUCUUACAAAGUGGAUUUUAUUGGCCCACCAUGUUCAAAAACUCACAUGCAUUCUGCAAAACCUGUGAAAAAUGUCAAAAUGUGGGAUUUAUUUCAAAGCAUCGAGAGUCUUUAGUUAAUCUUCUAUUGACUCUUAAGUCUCAUCAUAGUGGAGAUAUGCAUCGUGCAAUUCAUGAUUUAUGGCCUCAUUUUCAUAAAGAACAUGAUCGACUUAGUCUUGGGAAUCUGACUAAAAAAGACCCUGUUUGUCAGUUUUUAAGAAAACUGGAUGGGAAGCCUAUCCCCGACCCAUAGAGGGCGUUUAAGCCGUUCUUGGACGUAAAACCAAGGGAAGAUGUGAGCCACAAUCACAGCUGCUUGUACAUACACAUGCUUUUUCAAAAA